AUGGCUACCUCCACCAGAAGGGUGGAACAAACUAACACAGAUGGAUCUGCUCAGGGAAACCAGGACACCUCAGGUAGCUUUAUUGCAGGUUUCAAGGGGGACACUGGAAGAUCUACAAGCUUGGUUGCUGAACUAAGGGCGCUGAGAGAGGGAUUUAGAAUGGCAGAAAUGCUUCAGAUACCCAAGCUGACAAUCAAUUUCGAUGCUCAGGUGACUAAUGGAACAGUUCUAGGAGGUGAGGAUAAAGCCAGAGAUGCGGCAAUCCAUCCAGUGUGCUGA